UUGCCGCAGGCUUGAGGUCGGUUGAACUCCGUGGAUUUUAACAUUAGUGGAUUUCAGCGGUCGUCGCUGGUGUAAAUAUCCAAGCCAUCUGUGUUUUGUCGCAUGUUUGGUGACGUCCAAUAAUCGACUCGCUCUGAAGUCUCCAGGGCCGAGGCCUUGAGACUUUUUGCAGUGUAUGCUAUUACAUUUUUUUCUCUCGAUGCGUUCCUUUUGACCCGUUUAGCUCGGGUAUGAACUGAUGAAGCACUUUAAGCUGUGAUCGAAACUGAAAGGGUUGGAUCUAGCAAACAGCUAACGAAACUAGCUGAAGCCCGUAGUAAAGCCAGCGAGGAAGUGAGCAGUAAAAUGACAUCUCGGAGGUGGUUUCACCCAAACAUCACAGGUGUAGAAGCAGAGAAUCUCCUGCUAACGAGAGGGGUCGACGGGAGUUUUUUAGCGAGACCCAGUAAAAGCAAUCCGGGAGACUUCACCCUCUCUGUAAGGCGAAAUGGAGCAGUCACACACAUUAAAAUUCAGAAUACUGGGGACUAUUAUGAUCUCUAUGGUGGGGAGAAAUUUGCCACAUUGGCUGAGCUUGUUCAGUACUAUAUGGAGCAUCAUGGGCAACUAAAGGAGAAAAAUGGUGAUGUUAUUGAACUGAAAUAUCCACUUAAUUGUGCUGAUCCCACAUCUGAAAGGUGGUUCCAUGGACAUCUUUCUGGUCGAGAGGCUGAAAAGCUUUUGACAGAAAAGGGAAAGAAUGGCAGCUUCCUGGUGCGGGAGAGCCAAAGCCAUCCUGGAGACUUUGUUUUGUCAGUGCGAACUGGAGAUGACAAAACAGACACCAGUGACACCAGCAAACCCAAAGUCACUCAUGUUAUGAUCCGCUGCCAGCAAGACUUGAAGUAUGAUGUUGGAGGAGGUGAGAAGUUUGAUUCUCUCACUGACUUGGUAGAGCACUACAAAAAGAACCCUAUGGUGGAAACUUUGGGCACUGUGUUGCAACUAAAACAGCCUCUAAACACAACCCGUAUUAAUGCAGCAGAGAUUGAAAGUCGUGUUAAAGAGCUCAGCAAACUAGCAGAGGCUACUGACAAAGUCAAACAAGGUUUUUGGGAAGAAUUUGAGACUUUGCAACAGCAAGAGUGCAAGCUGCUUUACAGUCGCAAAGAGGGUCAGAGACCAGAAAACAAAAACAAGAAUAGAUACAAGAACAUUCUACCUUUUGACCAUACACGGGUGGUACUGAAUGAUGGAGACCCAAAUGAGCCAGGUUCUGACUACAUCAAUGCCAAUAUUAUUAUGCCAGAGCUGGACUCAAAGUCUAACACCACUAAAAUGAAAAAGUGCUACAUUGCCACUCAGGGCUGUUUGCAGAACACCAUUAGUGAUUUCUGGAGAAUGGUGUUUCAAGAAAACUCUCGUGUUAUUGUUAUGACCACAAAAGAAGUUGAAAGAGGAAAGAGUAAAUGUGUGAAAUACUGGCCAGAAAUGUCUGCUCUCAAGGAAUACGGAGCCAUGCGUGUUCGUAACGUCAGAGAAACAGCUGCACAUGACUACAUUUUGAGAGAACUCAAACUGUCCAAAGUCGGGCAGGGCAACACGGAGCGUACUGUUUGGCAGUAUCAUUUCAGGGCUUGGCCAGAUCACGGAGUCCCCACUGACCCAGGUGGUGUUUUGGACUUUCUAGAGGAGGUCAACCUGAAACAAGAGAGCAUAGUGGAUGCUGGUCCUAUAGCAGUGCACUGCAGUGCAGGAAUUGGGAGAACGGGAACAUUUAUAGUGAUUGACAUACUCAUAGAUGUCAUCAGAGAAAAGGGGGUAGAUUGUGAUAUUGAUGUUCCAAAAACUAUCCAGAUGGUCCGCUCACAGCGUUCAGGGAUGGUACAGACUGAGGCUCAAUACAGGUUCAUUUAUAUGGCUGUACAACAUUACAUAGAAACAUUACAGAGGCGCAUAGAAGAGGAACAGAAAAGUAAGAUUAAAGGACGAGAGUACACCAACAUUAAGUACUCUUUGUCUGAUCUGUCUGGAGGAGAACAGAGCCCUUUACCCCCUUGCACUCCUAUCCCAACACCCACUUGCACAGAAUUGAGGGAGGAAAGCUCCAGAGUGUAUGAAAAUGUUGGCUUGAUGCAGCAGCAAAAGAGUUACAGAUGAGAUUUACAUUUUAUGCUGAUGCUCUUUCAAUUCCAGGAUCUUGAUUGCAAUUUUGCCAGCCACACCUAGAAGACAUAGACUUGACCAUAAAGACAUACUGUAUAGACAGGGUCAGGGACCUGUUGUCUCUCAUUCCACGUAAGCAUUAAUCCUCAAAUUGAAUUUCAACCACUGUGACCAUAAGAAAUCACAAUUUACUAGAUGCCCUUGAACUACAGUCUGUCUAUCCUUGAAAAACAAAGGGCUGCAUACAGGGUGUGCUAUGUGCAGGGGUAAACUUGACUUUUUGGUCAUCUAAUUUUUUGUUAUUAACCAAAGGAUUAAUACAGAUUGUUUAUAGACUGAAGUGCAAACUUAAUAAGAGGCAUGUGCCAAAAUGGAAAUAAUGUACUGAUGAUUCACAAUUUUAGCCAUUGAUUCUCUAUUAGGUCAUGUAAGCCUUUAAUAUUGUAUGAGACCAUACGUAUGGAGAAUAUUUCACAAAUAAUUGUCUAGUUUCAUUUUAUUAUCUAAAUGAAGUAUUGGCAUUGUAUUACUUAUUAAUUGUAAUUUGUAACCCACUCAUCAAUUCUAUUUAUUUUGCACAAGAACAUUCUCAAAAAGACAUGAGACUGUCAUGUGAAUUUACAUCUGAAGGUGGAUUUAAUAUAUGGCAUGGCUUUCAUCAGGAUAGACUAAUUCUGUGAUUGAACCAUUCCUGAUCUCAAGCCUAAUGUCCUUACAGCUAUAGAUUACACUCUGCCGCAUACAUGUUAGCCAAGCCGUGACUUGGUGGAUUUAUUAAAAUUCUUAUCUGGACCUAAACAAUCCAGUAUUCAGGAGGAGAAUCUAUUUUAUUGUUAAUCCCCCUUUUUUAUCUACUCAUUAACUAGUACAUACAAUGCUGCCAAAACCAAUUUUAAGUGCAUAAUUUCAUUAGUUAAAGUUUUUUUUUUAACAAUUGCGUUUUUAUGUUCUAAUGCCUGUAACUUUGGUUGAAGUAACUAUCUCCCCAGCUUUAGCUGUGUAGAUUAAUACUGUGGGCCAUGGGAUGGCUUAACUCUUGUUUAUGUACAGUACUCUUCAUGCUAUUAGAAGAAUUGCUACUGUUGAGUUCACACUAAAUGACUUCCUUUUACUAAAGUUGACACUUCGGCAUUAGCAGCAGUAUUUUGGGAUCAGUUGUUCAGUCAUGUGGCCUAAAUAUAAUAUUCUUUUCUUAAGCCUUUACGAUUUAUGGUCAUUUGCUUGUUAACAGUAUGCCUUAAGAAAGUGCAGUUUUGCAGAGUAGUGUAGAUUUCUAAACCUGAAAAAUAAAGCCAUUCUGAUCUUCACUGAGGAUCCGCGACACUUGCAGUGAAUGCAACCAUCAUCGGUCAAGGGUUGAACAGAACCAUUUGUUAAACCAGUAUUUAUGACCUGUUUUCUUUCAAAUGGUUAUCCCUCUUGAUGCGCACCUGUAGUAGAAAGAUGGAUUCGUACUUGUCUUUAGUGGCGUGUAUUAUGUCCUGUGUUGUCUUUGAGAGUGAGACUGAUAUUGGCCAUACUUUCUUUCAUUUUCACUAAUAAUUAAAACUGCCUAUUUAUCAUUGUAAGCAACGCAUAGAUGUACCUUCUACGCACAUGCCUUGGUGUAUGUGAGUACUAUACAAGAAACUGUAACACUUUAAUGUGAAAUAUUUCAUCAUAACAUUCUGAACAGAAAAAGGAUAAAUGGUUAUCACAAAGCAUACAAACUCUAUUUUUUAAUUUGUAUAUUGUACCUGAGAAUUUAGAGAUGAAUGUACUUACUAAAACAUAUCUACUUGCCAAUAUACUGUAUGUUUAUUGCUACAGCUUUCUCUCUGUGACUCAGAGAAGACCUCUUACAAAGUUUUAGAGGUUUAUUGUAAUACUUUCAAUGCUGUUAACCAUGUUAACUCAAAAAACAAUAAAUGGCUUGCUCUUGCCUAAGUCAAAAUGG